GCAGUUCACUGCAAUUAAUUUCAUUGAGGCAGAUCUUUCUAAAUGGAAUAUUUGAGAGGCAGCUAGCAUGGGCCGGGGCGCGCUGGCAUGGCUUGGGGCGCGUUCUCAUUCAGUCGCGAGGGGCGCGCGCGGCUGGCGGCUGUAUUGCGCGCGCUGCUCAUCGUGCAGCUGGUCAUCUCGCUGCUGGUCGUGCUGCUAUGUUACAACGCCUCCUUCCGCGUCAUGUCGCUGCUCAAGCAGGUGCAUCGUCUAACAGUGUACUUGUUCUACGGUCUGAUCGUGGUGCACGCGUACUGCAUGAAGCUGCAGUAUACUAGCGGGCUGCGGCUCAUCUCGUGGCUGCUCAAGUGCCCGCACUGGCCGCGCGCCGCACUCGCCGCACGCACAUGGCUCAUUAGUGGCACUCUCGUCGCCUUCAACGGUUUGCUCGUCUACGCCGCCUGCAGAGGCACUCUCAAGGCGCUAAUGAAAGAAUUAUCCUCAUCACUUCGCAUUGGAAUAGCGCAGUACCUCACGGAGCCGACCUGGAAGCAUCUCAUGGACACUAUGCAGAUAGAGUUAAGCUGCUGCGGUGUAGAGCGGCCCAACGACUGGCACGAGAUACCCUGGAUAAACCUCGACUUCCUCAACGAGGAGUCCCUCGUCGUUAUGAAACUGGCGGGCACGGACGGCAAGAUCCUGCCGCCGGUGUCGCCGUACUCGUGCUGCACGCCGCGUGUCCUCGCCGCCUGCUACCACGACCCCCUGCAGCAGGUGGAGUGGCGCGGCGCGUGGGCGGCGGGAUCUCCGCUGCCGAGCGCGUCGCUGCACACGCGAGGCUGUGCGGAGGCCAUCCGGGCGCCGCUCGCACGCGCCUUGCUCGGACUGCAGGUCUUCAACGUGCUCGUGCUAUUGCUACAGUUCAUCAUAGUGAUUCUGGCGCAGCUGUUGCGGACGAGCGCGAUAGAAGCGGUGCUGAGCGGCGACUUCGACGGCCCAGGCCGCGGCUGGCUGCUGGGCACGCUCGGACCUACCGAACGCGCUUCCCUAAUAACGAAAGCGGAGGCGUACGUUAGUGCGCGCGCAGAGAUCUCGUACCGCCGCGUGCCGCGCACAUACGCGCACUACAACUAGCAAUAAUCAACGGAUCAGAUCGAUUUAUUUCAACAAGUUUGUAAAUAUUAUUUAUAUAAACGGGUGAUGAGGUUAAAGGUAAUAAA